AUCAGUUGCACAUUGAACAGCAACGUCACUCCUCCUUUUCACAAUGGCGGAGGAAGCAACCCUGGUUGAAGGGUCACCAUUUAUGGAGCUUUUUAAAGGAUUUUUAUUAACUUAUUUACUGCCAGAAUCCUGUUACGAUGAAUUCUUCCUGAAGUUCAACUUUCUGGACGGUAAGAGAAACAUUUUAAACCGGAAACAGCUGACUGAGUGUCCAUCGUUCAAAAUCAUUCAUAAUAAACCGGCUUUUUGUGUUUUAUUUAUUAUCUCACAUUUUUGUGAUUAAAGAGUUUUUAGAGGUAAAAGGGAAGCAAAAUAAUAAUUUAAAAAAUAAUAAAAAAGGUUGUUUAUUUUCUAUGACUGACAGACAAAUGUAGUUUUAAUCAGUGCUGUAAUAAACUGAAAUCAGUUAAAAAUAAAAUUACAACUAUUUAAUUCAAUAUAAUUUAAUCAUGUGUUUUUCAAUUCGGACUUUAUUUAAUAAUAAUUAUUAUUAUUAUUAUUGUUAUUAGUAUUAUUAUUAUUUAUUUCGAUUUACUUAUUUCGAUUUUUUUUUUUUUUGUAAAUCAAUAUUAUUAUUAUUUUGUCUCCACACAGAGAAUGGAGAUCUAUUAUUCUAAUAUAAUCUCCUUUAUACAUACAGACUUUAACAAUUUUGUCAUGUUUUUUGAUAUUUACCAAUUAAGUCAGUAAACCUUUUAGAUAUAAUUGUUAAAAACACUUUGAUAUUUUGGGGUUGGACAAAAUAUUGAUUAGGCAUUAAAUAAAGUGUUGUGUGUUUUUGUGAUAGAUUUAUAAUAUUGCUUUUUCUAAAAAUUAUUGAGAUAAAAAAUUAUACAGCUUGUUGAGCAAAAAAGUCAAAUACAACAUCUUUUCUGUUAAUAGUGGGAAAAACAGGAAAGCAUAAAGCUUCUUCUGUGCUGUGUCUUCUUUAAAAGUUCAGAUAUUUGUGAAUUUGCACUUUAACAAAAGCUGCAUCAGCUGUUAAUCUGUGUUUUUAUGUUUGUGUUUAAUUUUCAGUGCCAUGUCUGAAGAUUGUUGUGAGCAAAGGUCUGGGCAUCGGCAUCAUCCUGGGAUCAGUGAUGGGUAAAACACCUGAACUCUGCCUCUCUUACUCUCUGUUUCUGUAAGCUGCUCCUCCUCCCCCUCUCCCUCCUUCAUCCAGGUUGUGGUUAUCCAGGUCCUCAUUGAAAGGGGAACUGAACUGAGGUGCAACGUCUUCAAGAACCUCAGACAAGUCCAGUUCCCCUUUCAAGGAAGAAUUGGACUCUGAUAAGGAAUGUGUAGGAGGCUGGAUUUGAUUUAAUAUGUGAACGUCACAAAAAUAAAAACAUUUCUGUCCAGGGUAGCGACUGUUCUGCCUCUGCUAGAGUUUGUGACCUGGUCUCUGUUAGCCGAGGCCACUGAGAUCUUUGUGUUUGUCUGUGUGUGUUUCAGUGAAGCUGCCUCAGAUCUUGAAGCUAAUGGGAGCAAAGAGCGCUGAGGGUCUGAGCUUUAAGUCCGUGCUGCUGGAGCUGCUCGCCAUCACUGGAACCAUGGCGUACAGCAUCGCAAACAAGUUCCCCUUCAGGUCUCAAGCACAAUCACAAUGUCGUAAUCUGUGUGUUUCAGUUGUUUCAAAUGUUGAGUGAUUUUGUAACGUGCUGUCUCUUCCACAGUGCGUGGGGCGAGGCGCUCUUCCUCAUGCUGCAGACCGUCACUAUCGGCUUCCUUAUUCAGCACUACGGAGGGCGAACGAAAGGAGGUGAGGGAGUGUUUGCAGUAAAAGAUUUCAUCACUGAUGGACUGGAAAUGAUCAACUCACGAAAAACUCUUCAGAUGCAGCAACUUGUUCUUUUAGAGGUCAGAAAUACAGAACAAGACCAAAAAAAAGCAACAACCACAAAGUCAAACCAACAACAAACUCAACAGACAGCAUCAGAAAAACAGGAAAGAGGUAGUUACAACCUCAGAAUAUUAAAGACAAAGGAGCCAAUAAAGGAAGAGAAAAGUGAAGCUUCACUGAAAACAUCGGCAGUUUGUUGAAAAAUGAGGAAAUAAAACUUUUUUUCUUAAUUUACAUUUUAGGCAACACAAGACAGCACCACAAAUUACAAUCUCACGACUACACGGGACAGAAAAAUAAUAAUAAAUAAAUAAUAAAUAAUAAAUAAUAAUAAUAAUAAUAAUAAAUCAAUAAUAAUAAAACAGUAAAUCAAAACAAAGGAAAUCCCUACAAUGAUAGUUACGACAACACACCCUGUCACAUAGAUUUUCCAUUUGGCUGGUAAUUAAUUUGUUGUGAAUUGGUGCUGUAUAUAUGAAAGUUGAUUGAAUUCUUAACUAUCUAUGCACUGUUUGGUGGGUAAAUGAUAAGAUCAUUCUCUUGGCAGCUAAAAAAGCUAUGCCAACUGUUUUCCUUUCCUGUUUGGUUUUCAGCUGUUUAUCCCUCUGACCCAACAGACAUAACGCUGGACAUGGCGAAAUAUUGACAUUAACAAUCUUUGAAAUCAACUUGCAAACUUCUUUCCAAAACAAAUUAACAGCAGGGCAGAAGCACAUCAUAUUGGGAAAUAAAACAUUUAAAUCAAGGAAACGAUGAGAAAGAGUAAAUGUUUAUAUAUAAAUCAUCCCCUCAGAGGGAGCACUAGGUACAAAAACUUUUUACCAAUUUUCUGAUUCUGAGACAGAGAGGCUCAUAAAAAAGAAACAGGGACUGAAACCAAAACCCACCACAGGAUCCAUCUGGAUUAAUCCUCAGUGCAUCAUAUUUGUGUUUAUCAGCACUGUUUGGUUAAAUGUGUUCCUGGUCGUGUAUUUUGCUCUGGUGGUCCUCCUGCUCUCUCCCGUCACCCUCCAUGACCGUGGUCACUUACAUGCAGGUCCUCCAACAUGAUGCAUGCUUCACGGUGCAUUGAUGUACAUGGACAGUGGUGCCAGAAACAUGAUCAGUUUUUUUCUGUAUGGGACCUGAGCCCCCCUGCUGUAGACUGUUUAACUGGAUCAGGACAUUUAUAAAACAAAAGAUAAUAAAUGCAGAGCUAAAUUCUUCUUAAGCUGUGGGGCCUUUAACUCACCGUCUGGUGACCGGUAAAGCUUUGUGCAGGUGUUUUUUACUGUGUGACCUGCAUCAAUGCAACAACCAGGACACCCUGCGUUGUAUUUUUCACACAGGUGCUGUUUAAUGUAUGAAAAGUCUUUCCACUCUGUGAGCUUGUUUCACUGCAGCAGCUGCAGAAAAAAACAACAUAUUUCCAAAAUGCAGAAAAUAAUUCUUGAUGCCGUUUAGAAAAAGUUAGUUUUAAAUGAGAUUAAAGUAAAACAAAUAUUAAAACAGGAUCCAUCUGAAAUCCUCAGUCAUCAUAUUUGUGUUUACAGGUGUUUUGUUCCUGGUCGUGUAUUUUGCUCUGGUGGUCCUCCUGCUCUCUCCCGUCACCCCCAUGACUGUGGUCACUUACAUGCAGGCCUCCAACAUGCCCGCCAUCAUCAUCGGCAGGGUAACGCUCACAAACGCACAACACAGAUAAAGAAACACAAUGUUUAGAGCUGUCCAGGAUUCAGGAAUCAGGAUUAAUUAAAAGAAAACCCAGAAAAAGAAAUGAAGAACUCCUGCUGAACAAUCAGUGUGUGUGUUUGUUUGUCUCAGCUGAUCCAGGCAGCGGCGAACUUCAGAAAUGGACACACUGGUCAGCUGUCGGCCAUCUCUGUCUUCCUGCUGUUUGCUGGAUCCCUGGCUCGUAUCUUCACCUCCCUGCAGGUAACUCUGUUUUAAAACAUCAAAGAUUUUUUCAUAUUGGACAUUUAAAAUCCACCACAAGCUUGUCUUUGCCUGUUAGAAAUACUUAAUUUAAGAUUGUUUGUGUCGUUUUAGGAAACUGGAGACACCCUGAUGGCCCUCACGUACGUUAUAUCGUCGUCCUGUAACGGCAUCAUCGCCCUGCAGGUUCUGUACUACUGGAACAGUUCACCAGAGCGCAAGAAGAAGAAGAAAAAGAAGAAGGAGUAAGACUACAGGACUGCGGGACUGCAGGACGACGGGACUGUAGAACUGUUCAAUCUUAGAGCAACUCUUUUUCUGUCUGUAUCGAAUCUCAGACUCUCAGGCGUCUGUGAACCUGACAGUGGAGUGAGAUGAGCUGCAUGUAGAGAGACUGAAGCUGUGAACGUCCACCAUCAGUUUGCUGUUUUUAUAAGCGGGUCCAGUUUUUUUUGUGUUUACAUUCCUCUAAGUUCACAUCAUCUCAUUCCAGCCUGAAUAUCUGAAGCCGUUUUUGUGCUCUGAGCUGUCGAGUCUCCUCGUCCAGGUUGUUUUUGUUUCUGAGCGGUGGUAAUCCGUUCCAAACUCUAAGACGUGUUUAAAAUGAAUUAUUUCUCAUAAACAUGAUUCCACAUUCAGCUCUCAAGUUUUUGUUUAUUAGCUCUGCCCAUAACACUAUCAACAGAACCAUUAAAUUCAUUUUCAAUAUGUGAUAAAUAUUUCUGCUGCUUUGUAAUUUCCAUGUAAAAACUCUGUAACUUUCCCCAAAAUCAUUUUACCAAAUCAGGCACAAAGAGACAAAGUUGAUCAGUUUCUGCAUCAUAAACACAUUUAGGUGAAAUUUGCACUAAAAUAAAAUCUUUAAAUAACAGCCAAAAAAGGGGCACAACCUCCACAAAACUUA